AUGUCGCAGACGGUUGGAAAGACUCGUUUGGCCUAUUCUCGGGCAUGGCACUACGUCGACGCCGGGUCCGACUCUCGAUCUCUCGGUCGUCUUGCUUCCUCUAUUGCCCUUGUUCUCAUGGGUAAGCACAAGCCGAUCUAUGACCCUUCGACGGAUUGCGGCGACUAUGUCGUUGUUGCCGGGUGCCAUGAUCUGCGGACCACUGGGAAGAAGCGCUUCCAGAAGAAAUACUACACCCACACGACUCGUCCCGGUAGCUUGAAGAGUAUGACGAUGGAUCAAAUGUUCACAAAAUGGGGUGGUGGUGAAGUUCUGCGCCGCGCGGUCAAGGGCAUGUUGCCCAAGAACCGGCUGCAGGAGCCGCGCUUGGCCCGUCUGAAAACUUUCGAGGGCCUCGCGCAUCCCUACAAGGAGAACAUUGUCAAGUUUGGAAACAAGUCAACCAUGGACUACCCCGAGGUCCGGGCUGCCUUUGAGGAGGCCAACCCUUCAGCAUAA